GUUUUCGAUCCCGAAAGCACGCAUUUGUGACCUUUUUCUCCCCAAUCGUUUACGUCGCAUUCCUGCAUUUUCUACGAAAAUGGUGGCCAAGAAGUCCGCGAAAGUCGCCAAGUCCAAGGACUCUGGCAAGAAGGGCAAGGGCAAGAAGAGAGCGGAGUCGUACAGCUCUUACAUCUUCAAGGUGUUGAAGCAGGUGCACCCCGAGACUGGGAUCAGCAAGAAGUCGAUGAUGAUCAUGACUUCUUUCAUCGCUGAUACCUUCGACAAAAUUGCCACUGAGGCCGGCAAGCUCUGCAAGUACAACAAGAAGGAUACUCUGUCCUCCCGAGAGAUCCAGACUGCCGUCCGUCUUGUCCUCCCUGGCGAACUUGCCAAGCACGCCGUCUCUGAGGGCACCAAGGCCGUCACCAAGUACACUGGCAAAUAAACGAUUUGCGAAUGCGUUUGCUCCGGUUUAACUGGAAAACUCGGCAGCUUUGCAAUGGAAACUAGAUUUUACGGCUCUCACAUCGGGAAACUUCCCGAAUGUCUUCUUUAGGCUUCACUAGAAGCC